AUGGAGUCGGAAUCGUCGAAUGGGUUCAAGAGGAACUCGGUCAGCCAAGGAUCAUACAGUCGUCCCGUGGAACGUCGCCCCAGCAAGAAAUCCUCCUCGAAAGAUCGCCAUGGGAUGGUCUAUCCCGACAGCUUCAGGGACACCGGCAUUCGGACGGUGACGCCGGACUCCACCCAGGAGGCAACCAACCAGUCACCCUUGUCGGAGACGGAGAAUCCCUCGUCGAGCGCAGUUCCCUCCCCUCGUGUCACCGCCCGAACAAGAGCGUCCGACGUGGAAUCGCGCCGCGACUUCCACCCUUACUACUCGGCGGGGGAUGAAGAUGAGGCUCAGGUGGAAUCGAGGAGCCAGCGGGCGCGAUCCCGAACGACGACCUUGGAUGACCAGCGCAGCGAAAUCUCCCCCAACUCGUUCCUCACCCGGACUCGGAAUCGUCUGGGCUCCAUUAACACCACAGCCUCGCAGGUGAAGUCGCCCGACGAGCAAUCUUCCUCCAUCGGAUUCCCCUCCAUCCAAUCGCCCACCUAUUUCAGCCACUCCCUCGGUCGCCAACGAACAAGCAAAACGCCGCUGAGCUCCACCCUCCUGGCGAGCUUGAACACCAGUCAAACAUCGCCGCCCCUGUCGAGUACGGAUGCAACCAAAAUCCUCCAGCUAAUGAAGACCACCUGCGGACGGAUGCACGGCAUUCUUUCCUUCCGAACUGCCUCCACAACCGCCUGGACGUCGGGCUACUGUGCCAUCAACGUCGCCACGGGGAGCCUGAUCUACCAGGCAAAGGGCGAGCCUGCAUUGGCCAAAACUCUAAUCCCCGACCUUCGUGGCUGCCAGGUACGCUCGCUCGUCGACCCGGAACUUCGGACGAAUUAUCUCAGCGUUUCAACCUUCACCUCUGGUCUCGGCGUCGAGUUACGCCCUCAUGUAAGCGAGACCUUCGAUUCCUGGCUCGCCGCCCUGCUUUGUUGGCAACCGAUCAGACCGAAGGGCGUUCAAAACAAGAUGACCAAACCCCAAUCAGUCGCAAUCGGCGACCGGCGUGUUGCCGACCGGCGAAGAAAUUCCGAGAGCACGGUGCAGAAAGAUGCGGCGAUAAUCAAAGUGGGCAAAAUGCUGCUCUGGGACAGGCCCAGUGCGGCGGGGGCCCGGCCGCCCUCUGGUCGACGCGUUUCGACCUACCGCCAACAGCGCGCUCUAACAUCUUCGUGGCAGAAAGUAAGCUGCACUCUGCAGGAGAACGGGGUCUUCAAGCUGUUCACCGAGUCUGAUAUCACCUUGGUGGCUUGCAUCCAAUUGUCGCAACUUUCCCGGUGUGCGGUGCAGAAAUUGAACUCUUCCGUUCUUGAGGACGAAUUCUGCAUUGCCAUCUACCCGCAGUAUGCCGCACAUGCGGUGUCUGGAUUGACGCGCCCCGUAUAUCUCGCUCUGGAAAGUCGGGUUCUGUUUGAAGUGUGGUUUGUCCUUUUGCGCGCAUUCACCAUCCCGGAGCUCUACGGACCGGAAUCGUCAAUCGAAGAUGAUCCCUCGAAGACAUCGGAACCUACCGAAACGAGCACGCCGUCGAUGGCGGACAUGUUUAGGAUCGAGAGAAAUCUGAGCAUCCGAGUAACGGAGGCGAAGCUCUAUCGCAAUAAAGCGGAAGAGACCCCUCGAAGCCGGAAGCAGUCGCGGUCCCACAGCAAUUCGGUUCCCACGUCUGCUAUCAAUGAUUAUUACACGGAAAUCCUCCUCGAUGGCGAGAUACGAGCCAAGACCGCCGUCAAAUACCGCAUCGCAAAUCCUUUCUGGCGGGAGGACUUUGAAUUCCACGACCUUCCGCCGGUCUUGUCGCAGGCAUCGAUCCUCGUCAAAACUCUCAACCCUGCGCAGAAAGACUGGACGCUUAUCUCACAUGGCUCCUACCAUGACACAAACUCGAGCCGUGCUUUGGACGAUGUUGAGCUCUCCUCUCACGAUGCCACGCAUGGGAGGGUAGAUUUGCGACUGGACGACCUAGAACCCGGCGUGGAGAUUGAGAAAUGGUGGCCGAUCCUAGAUAACCGAGAUCAGCCUGUCGGCGAGAUGCUGAUGAGAGCUCGGAUGGAGGAGACGGUCGUUCUCAUGUCUCACGAAUACGCGCCCAUGUCCGAACUUCUCCAUGCCUUCACCAACGGCCUAACCAUCAAUAUGGCGCACGUCAUGUCUUCAGAGCUCAACCAGUUAUCUGAGGCUCUGUUGAACAUCUACCAAGUAUCGGGCAGCACUGUCGAGUGGAUCUCCGCCUUAGUCGAGGACGAGAUAGAUGGUGUGCACAAGGAAUCCACGGCAAACAGGCUCCGUUAUACCACCAGGAUCCACUCCAAUGACUCAAGAGAAUCGGGGCACGAUCGGGAAGUGCUGGUAAGAGAUAUGGGGCGCACUGCCACCGUGGAAGCGAACCUACUCUUUCGGGGUAACUCUCUGCUCACCAAGGCCCUUGACUUCCACAUGCGUCGACUUGGAAAAGAAUAUCUCGAGGAAACCAUCGGGGAGCGGCUACGCGACAUCGACGAGAGUGAUCCAGAGUGCGAAAUCGACCCGUCUCGCCUGAACCGGUCGGACGACCUUGAACGGAACUGGAGGAACCUGGUUGCCCUCACCACCGGUGUCUGGAAAUCUAUCGCCGGGUCAGCGUCUCGGUGCCCCCCAGAGCUAAGACUCAUCUUCAGGCACAUCCGCGCUUGUGCAGAAGAUCGCUACGGCGACUUCCUUCGGACGGUAACCUACAGCAGUGUCUCGGGCUUUUUGUUCUUGCGAUUCUUCUGCCCGGCAAUCCUAAAUCCGAAACUCUUUGGAUUGCUUAAAGACCACCCCCGUCCCCGUGCUCAGCGUACUUUAACCCUGAUUGCCAAGGCACUGCAAGGCCUGGCCAACAUGACCACCUUCGGUAGCAAGGAACCUUGGAUGGAGCCGAUGAACAAGUUCUUGGUCGGCAAUCGCUCGGAAUUCAAGCAAUUUGUCGAUUCUAUCUGCGCUAUACCUGCUGACCGGCCGGCUCCGAUUGUCACGCCCUCCUAUGCCACGCCCAUCCAAAUCUUGGGCCGUCUUCCGCACACCUCACGCGAAGGGUUUCCCAGUCUUCCGUUCUUAAUCGACCACGCCCGGAGCUUCGCCAAUUUAAUCAGAAUUUGGCUUGACGUGGCACCGGAGAGGCUCGGCGACCUUGAAGAUAUAGAUCCGGCUGUCAGGAAAUUUCAUGAGGUGGCACUUCGCCUGCAACAGCGUACGCGGGAAUGUCUGCAAAAGGCCGAGUCAGCCGAGCGCCCGAGCGGAAAUCUCGAAAUCAAAUGGGAAGAGUUAGUUGAUUCGAUGGAACGAUCGGUCACUUUCUACGACGACAGCUCCAAGCCCACGACUCCGGCCACAGAGACUGCAGUGGUAGGAUCCGCAUCUGUCGCUGGAAGUCACCGAAACUCCAUUGGAUACUUCGCGUCGCGGCCAUCCCUUCCCCGUCGGUCUACAGACUAUGCGGCUGAAGCCGACGAUGAAACGCCUCCAAGUUCCUCCUCCGCCACAUGGGACCAAAGUCGUGUGCCUUUUUCGAUACCGCGGUGGCCUGACCCUCGAGACAGCACCAGCAGUUCCAAGAACUCUUCCACUUACUCCCUCGAAUAUUCUGCGGAAACCUCCAAGUCAGCACGUCGAUCCAGCAUCACUCGAGAGACUACGAGCAAGUACCGCUUUUUCGACUUUGUCCCGGCGCCAUCCAGGCGAAAAGCAAAGGACCGAGAGAACGCUCAACAACAAUCUCGCGAGGAACUCCGAAAUGAAUUCUAA